CUGUCUGUGUAACACACUUUUUUUUUUCCUGGAAAGGGGAAAACAUUUUUUUUCCCCGAGAAACAAACAAACAGGUAAAUUAUCUACUGUUUUGCUCGUCUUGCUUGAGAAGCCCGGGUUGUAGAAUUGGGAAGAGGAGGAACAAUGAGAGAAGAAGAGAUAGAAAAGCUUCGGGGCGUGGUUCGGGACUGCGUGAGCAAGCACCUGUACUCCUCGGCUAUCUUCUUCGCCGACAAAGUGGCGGUGGUCACUGGAGAUCCCGCCGACAUAUAUAUGCAGGCACAGGCUCUGUUCCUCGGCCGUCAUUACCGCCGCGCAUUUCACCUCCUCAACGCCUCUAAGAUCGUCCUCCGAGAUCUCCGCUUUCGUUACCUAGCCGCCAAGUGCCUCGAAGAACUGAAGGAAUGGGAUCAGUGUCUCUUGAUGCUUGGUGAGGCAAAGGUCGAUGAAGAUGGUAAUGUGUAUGACACCAAAGAUGGUAACUUAAUGUACUUUGAUAAAGAUGGAGAGGACCGAGAGAUAAAUAUUUCAUCAGCAAUUUGCUUUUUAAGAGGCAAGGCAUAUGAAGCCUUGCAAAAUCGCUCCCAGGCCCGACAAUGGUACAAAGCUGCUGUUAAGGCUGAUCCUCUUUGUUAUGAGGCUUUGGAAUGUCUUAUUGAGAGCCAUAUGCUUACAUCUGAGGAAGAAGCAAAUUUGCUUUCGUCAUUGCAAUUUAGUCCAGAAGAUGGAUGGCUCUCUUCUUUCUACUCGUGUUUGACAAAGAAGUAUGACAAAGAGAGUACAGUAGAAGUUAAAUUCAAGAAACUUGAGAAGGAAAUUUGUAGCAGAGGCUCUGACUCAUCGACAAUCAGUACAUUGAUUAAUAACACUGAUCUGUUGGCCUGUAAAGCUGAAUACUAUCAUCAAUGCUGUGAAUAUCAAAAAUGCUUUGAGCUGACAUCUGUACUGCUUGAGAAAGAUCCUUUCCAUCUGAAGUGUACUUUGGUACAUUUGGCAGCGGCAAUGGAGCUUGGUAAUUCGAAUGAGCUCUACCUGAUGGCAUGCAACUUGGUGAAGGACUAUCCUUCAAAGGCUUUAUCAUGGUUUGCUGUCGGUUGCUACUACUAUUGUAUCAAAAAGUAUGCCGAAGCUCGGCGGUAUUUCAGCAAAGCUACCAGUAUAGAUGGGUCGUUCUUACCCGCAUUGGUAGGCUAUGGUAAUGCUUUUGCUGCCCAAGAUGAGGGUGACCAAGCUAUGUCUGCAUAUCGGACUGCUGCAAGGCUAUUUCCAGGGUGUCAUUUACCAACUCUGUACAUUGGGAUGGAGUACAUGCGGACACACAGCUACAAGCUUGCAGAACAGUUUUUUAUGCAGGCAAAGACAAUUUGUCCCUCAGAUCCACUUGUUUAUAAUGAACUCGGAGUUGUUGCAUAUCAUAUGAAAGAGUAUGGUAAAUCUGUGCGGUGGUUUGAGAAGACGUUGAGCCAUAUUCCAUCAGCGUUAACUGAAACCUGGGAACCAACUGUGAUAAAUCUUGCUCACGCCUACAGAAAGCUAAGGAAGUAUAGUGAAGCUAUUUUGUACUAUGAAAGAGCACUUACAUUAUCAACAAAAAGCUUAAGCACAUAUGCCGGUCUUGCUUAUGCUUACCAUUUGCAGGGCAAUUUUUCAGCUGCCAUCUCAUGUUAUCACAAGGCUCUAUGGCUGAAACCUGAUGAUCAGUUCUGUACUGAAAUGUUGAGCGUGGCUCUCAUGGAUGAAUGCCAACAUGGGACUGAUUCAAAUGUUGAGCUUUAAAAGCCGGAUUGAUGGUCUUGAAGUCCUGCAAGUGGAUCUUGUGGGAAAGCUCCAUCUCCCAUGACUUGAUUGCGUUCUGCACUGUCUCCUCCAAU